AAGAAACGGGUGUUCGUUAACGACGCGCAGAGAACUGGAUCGCCCCGGCUCGCCUCCUUGCCGUCGUUCCAUUUUUCACGGCCGACAAUGCGCGCCGGAUAAGGUGUCCGUGUCCGCGCGUGUACGCGCGUGUACGCGCGUGUAUUCUUUUUUCUUUCUUUCUUCACGCCCGAAAACCGGGCGGGGCAGAGGGAGAUAUGCCCGUGUAAAUUAAGUUAUUUCAUCGACACGAUCACCGGCCACACGAGGAAGCACAUCGCGUUGGCAGAGCGCGAUCGCGGUGCGCCGCGCCGCGGCUCUCUUUAAUCAGCUCUGUUAAUCAGUGUGUGUCAAGAUUACCCUACAUAUCGACCCACCGGCGGAUUCGUCCGCCAAGUAUUGCGGCUGAAUUAAAGGUUCUCGUUACGGCAACUCAAAUAGCGCAGAAUGUCUCAAAGAGGAUGUCUUCUACUGCUGCUGCUCGGUUUGGCCGUGCUGAGAGAGUCAUCAUCUACAUUUAGCGAUACCGCUCACGAGAGCGAAUCUUCUCGCCAGGCACCGCAUCACAGACAGAAGAGGGUCUUAUGGUUCACGAACGAUGGACGGAUCGCAUUGCCACCCGGCACCGUCAUGACGAUCACGCCAACAUUGGCGUUGCCCUUUGUUCGACAUCCUCCUUACGGCUUCCUCAGCAAUAUGACCAUCAGCCUGCCAUUCACGAUCGAUUUUGACAAGCUGGGCCUGACGGAUAACGAAAACCCAUACGGCGCUCUGCCGCCGAGUUUCGACAGAAAGCUGAAAAGCCGGCAGGCCGGCAUGAUGAUGGCUGAUUUCAUCGCAGCAUUUAUCAAGCGUAGAUUACACAAGCGAGACAUAACAGAUGUGCCAAAAAAUGCAUUCCACGGUGGCGAGCGAGCCCUACUCUAUGUCACUGCCGAGGAUAUGCUGUCCACGUUGGGAAUGAACGGGAAGGCAUGCCUAUUGAGAGCAAUUUGCGAAGUCCAGGGACAUCAUCUGAAUAACUUCGGGCUUAUCGGCGAGAUGUUGAAGCUGUUCUUUACCGCUAGCCGAUCGCCAUUUGCAAAUCUCCUCAAGGAAUACGUCGAAGCAGAAAACCGUGGGAAAUUUCACGGCGAGUGCUGGCCCUACUUCAAGGACUGUCCAAAAUCCUUAUUUCUGCCAUCCAACAACAAAUAUCAGAAAGAUUCGUUGCACGACGAGGAGAAUGAGGAAGACGAACAUUGGAAUCAAAUCUCCAAUGAUCUUGAUGAAGAGCCCCUUACGAGGAUAUCAGGGCAGAACACGAAGGAUACCAUACAUCCCAUGUAGUUUUGUAAUCACUGUAUGUAGUUGUACAAUAAUUGUUCUCAAUGGUCCGCACACGGCCUUUUUUCCCCAGAUUUUCUACAAAUUAAAUUGAAGUAAAAUUA